AUGCCUCAUCUUACACCAUCUUCUGCUCGUCGUACACUCACGUUUCAAGACAUAUCAGGACUGAACCCCAAGAAACGACACAGAGAUAUCGACACCUUUGGUGCUGCACCAAAACCAUUGAAUCGUAAACGCUUUUUGCGAUUUCUCAAAACGCACGAACUCAAAUUUGGUUUGGCACCUGUAGCUCGAGACAAUGCCACAGGUGAAGUGACGCUCGUGGUCUGUCGUUUUUGUCAAAGUUUUGGACGCGAGCAGCAACCAAACAAGCAGCGCCGCUCGACGAGAAAUGUCAAAUACUUUCAGAAUUCGUUUCGGACAGACCAGUACCAACAGCACCAUGAGAUCUCCCAUUGUGAGAUGUAG